AUGGGUCUCCUCGGGUCAGCCAGCCGCUACAACCAAAAGUGUGCUGGAGAGGAGAAUUGGGUGGACAGUCGGACUAUUUAUGUCGGGCAUCGUGAACCACCUCCAGGCACUGAAGCAUACAUUCCACAGAGAUUUCCAGAUAACCGAAUAGUCUCAUCAAAGUACACUUUUUGGAACUUUGUACCGAAAAAUUUGUUUGAGCAAUUCAGAAGAAUAGCUAACUUCUAUUUUCUCAUUAUUUUCCUUGUUCAGUUAAUUAUUGAUACACCUACUAGUCCAGUUACAAGUGGACUUCCACUUUUAUUUGUCAUCACUGUAACAGCUAUCAAACAGGGUUAUGAAGAUUGGCUUCGACAUAAAGCUGACAAUGCCAUGAACCAAUGCCCUGUUCAUUUCAUUCAACAUGGUAAACUGGUUAGAAAGCAAAGCCGAAAAUUAAGAGUUGGAGACAUUGUGAUGGUAAAAGAAGAUGAAACAUUCCCAUGUGACUUAAUAUUUCUAUCAAGUAGUAGAGGAGACGGAACAUGUUUUGUUACAACGGCUAGUUUGGAUGGUGAAUCCAGUCAUAAAACUCACUAUGCUGUUCAAGAUACAAAGGCAUUUCACAGUGAACAAGAAAUUGAUGCACUGCAUGCUACCAUUGAAUGUGAACAACCUCAGCCUGAUCUUUAUAAAUUUGUUGGUCGCAUAAAUGUUUACCACGAUAGGAAUGAGCCUACUGCAAGGCCGUUAGGAUCUGAAAAUCUGCUUCUUAGAGGAGCCACUUUAAAGAAUACAGAAAAAAUCUUUGGUGUUGCUAUCUAUACCGGCAUGGAAACUAAGAUGGCAUUAAAUUACCAGGCAAAAUCACAGAAGCGAUCUGCUGUAGAAAAAUCAAUGAAUGUAUUCCUUAUUGUAUACCUCUGUAUUCUCAUCAGUAAAGCACUAAUAAAUACUGUCCUGAAGUAUGUCUGGCAGAGUGAACCGUUUCGUGAUGAGCCAUGGUAUAAUCAGAAAACGGACCCAGAAAGGAAAAGAAAUUUGUUUCUUCGAGCUUUUACAGACUUCCUUGCAUUCAUGGUUCUUUUCAACUACAUUAUUCCUGUAUCCAUGUAUGUCACUGUGGAAAUGCAGAAAUUUCUUGGUUCUUAUUUCCUUACAUGGGAUGAGGAAAUGUUUGAUGAGGACACAGGUGAAGGACCACUGGUGAAUACUUCUGACCUCAAUGAAGAGUUGGGACAGAUUGAGUAUGUCUUCACAGAUAAAACAGGAACGUUAACUGAGAACAACAUGGAAUUCGUAGAAUGUUGCAUUGAAGGGCACGUUUAUGUACCACAUGUUAUCUGCAAUGGCCAAAUUCUCCACGAUUGUACAGGCAUUGAUAUGAUUGAUUCUUCUCCAGGAGGAAGUGGAAAGGAGAGGGAGGACCUGUUUUUCCGAGCUCUUUGUCUUUGCCACACUGUUCAGGUAAAAGAUGAUGACAGCGUAGAUGGAUUGAAGAAAAACCGGCUUUCAAGAAGAUCUUGUAUAUAUAUUUCAUCAUCACCUGAUGAAGUUGCUUUAGUUGAGGGAAUACAGAGACUUGGUUACACCUAUCUAAGGCUGAAGGACAAUUUCAUGGAGAUCUUAAAUCGGGAAAAUAACGUAGAAAAGUUUGAAUUGUUGGAGGUUUUGAGUUUUGAUUCUGUGAGACGGCGAAUGAGUGUAAUUGUUAAGUCUUCAACAGGUGAUAUAUUUCUGUUUUGUAAGGGAGCAGAUUCUUCCAUAUUUCCUAGAGUUAAAGAAGGCAAAAUUGACCAAGUACGAUCCAGAGUUGAACGCAAUGCUGUGGAGGGACUGCGAACAUUGUGCGUUGCGUAUAAAAAGCUCACAGCAGAAGAAUAUAGCAACGCACAGAAGCUGCUUCAGAAUGCAAAGCUGGCCCUGCAGGACCGGGAAAAGAAAUUGGCAGAAGUGUAUGAGAAGAUAGAAAGAGAUUUUAUUUUACUUGGUGCUACAGCUGUUGAAGAUCGACUGCAAGAAAAAGCUGCUGACACUAUUGAAGCACUCCAGAAAGCUGGAAUUAAAGUUUGGGUUCUGACAGGAGACAAAAUGGAGACCGCUGCAGCUACUUGCUAUGCUUGCAAACUCUUCCGGAGAAAUACACAAAUACUUGAGCUAACCACAAAGAAAAUUGAGGAACAGAGUUUACAUGAUGUGCUUUUUGACCUAAGCAAAACUGUCCUUAGACACAAUGGCAGCUUAACCAGGGAUACUUUCUCAGGACUUUCAACUGAUAUGCAAGAUUACGGUUUAAUUAUUGAUGGAGCAGCAUUAUCAUUAAUAAUGAAACCAAGACAAGAUGGGAGCUCUGGUAACUACAGAGAGCUCUUUCUUGAAAUUUGCAGGAACUGCAGUGCAGUGUUAUGCUGUCGAAUGGCACCUCUGCAAAAAGCACAGAUUGUAAAAUUGAUAAAGUUAUCAAAGGAGCAUCCUAUCACAUUAGCAAUUGGUGAUGGAGCAAAUGAUGUCAGUAUGAUUCUAGAAGCACAUGUUGGUAUAGGAAUCAUUGGCAAAGAAGGUCGUCAAGCAGCGAGAAACAGUGACUAUGCAAUACCUAAAUUUAAACAUUUGAAAAAAAUGUUGCUUGUUCAUGGGCAUUUUUAUUAUGUUAGGAUAUCGGAACUUGUGCAAUACUUCUUUUAUAAGAAUGUCUGCUUCAUUUUUCCUCAGUUUUUAUAUCAGUUCUUCUGUGGGUUUUCACAACAGACUUUAUAUGAUACUGCGUAUCUAACACUGUACAAUAUCAGUUUCACUUCACUUCCUAUCCUCUUGUAUGGUCUAAUGGAACAACAUGUCAGUGCAGACACACUCAAGAGAGAGCCUUCCCUAUACAGAGAUGUUGCCAAGAAUGCUUUGCUGCGCUGGCGUGCAUUUAUUUAUUGGACAUUCCUAGGAGUGUUUGAUGCUGUGGUAUUUUUUUUUGGUGCCUAUUUCUUGUUUGACAACACAAUUGUGACCAGCAAUGGACAGCUAAUGACAACCAGCACUCACAUGGUGUUUGGAAACUGGACCUUUGGAACACUGGUUUUCACUGUGCUUGUAUUCACGGUUACAUUGAAGCUUGCACUAGAUACACACUACUGGACGUGGAUAAAUCACUUCAUGAUCUGGGGAUCACUGGUAUUCUACAUCAUCUUUUCUCUGCUCUGGGGAGGAAUUAUUUGGCCUUUUCUCAAUUAUCAGAGGAUGUAUUACGUGUUCAUGCAAAUGCUGUCUAGUGGUCCUGCGUGGCUGGGUAUAAUUCUGCUCAUAACUGUCAGCCUUCUUCCAGAUGUUCUGAAGAAGGUCUUAUGCAGACAGUUGUGGCCUACAGCAACAGAAAGAAUCCAGAAUGCAUCAAGGCACUGUCGGGAGCACAUCUCAGAAUUCACACCUCUUGCCUGUCUGAAAAGCCCAGGAUACAGGAGCAGUGACUGCAGCAAUUCCCCAGCAAGAAGGUCUAAUUCUCAUUCUAAAAAAAUGAUGUUUACGCACUGGAGAGGCGUUGAUUAUUCAAUACUUCCAUCUGUCUUUGGCUAUUCAAAUAAGCCUUGCCGUUCCAGUGCAGGCUACCGCUACAGUGAGUCAGGUUUGGAAACGUCAGUAUGACACACCACCAAGUCAAGCCUUUAAAAACUGUAUUUUUGUUUAUUUCUUCUUUCAGGAAACAAACGUGUCACAGAAAUAUAUUAAACUAUACGUGGCUUUUGCUGUCUGAGGUAAUGUUCAGACAAACAGGAUCAAGAGCUAGAAGUAUGAACCCUUCCAGGCCAAUAGGCCUCUUUUUAUGUUUUGAACUACUGGAGCAAUUGAACAAUCCGCACAGUCUGGUACUGUGAGACUGGUAGCACUAAAA